GGCAGCAUCCCCAGCCUGACGAAGGAAUUGAGGACGCUCGAGCUCGAGCUACGUCAGGAUCCAACACCACCAUGGUUACGGGAAAGAAGAGGACGUUCGUGCUCUACCCGUCGCUGGGCGUGGGCCACCUGAUCCCGAUGGUGGAGCUGGCCAAGCACCUCUUGCGCCACGGCCACGGCGCGCUCAUCGCCGUGGUCAACCCGCCCGACACCGACGCCGUGUCGGCCGCCGCGGUGGAGCGCCUCGCGGCGGCCAACCCGGCCAUCGCGUUCCGCCUCCUGCCGGUCCCGGCCAGCCCGGACGCCGGCGCGGACUGGGUGAAGCGCGACCUGGACACGCUCCGGCUCGCCAACCCCGUGCUCCGGGACUUCCUGCUCCGGUCCCAGCCCGCAGCCGACGCCGACGCGCUCAUCCUCGACAUGUUCUGCGUCGACGCGCUCGACGUCGCGGCGGAGCUCGGCGUCCCGGCCUACUUCUUCUUCGCCUCCGCGGCGGGGGACCUCGCCAUGUUCCUCAACCUGCCGUACCUCUACCCCACCCUGCCGUCGUUCAGGGACAUGGGCGAGGCGCCGGUGCGCUGCCCCGGCAUGCCGCCGGUCCGGGCGAUGGACAUGCCGCUGACGGUGCAGGACAGGGACAGCGACCGGACCAAGGUCCGGAUGUACCAGUUCCGCCGCAUCCCGGAGGGGAGGGGCGUGCUGGUCAACAGCUUCGCCUGGCUGGAGCCCAGGGCACUGAGAGCGCUCGGCGACGGCGUCUGCGUGCCCGGCCGCCCGACGCCGAGGGUCUUCUGCGUCGGGCCACUGGUCAACGACGGCAGCAGCACGGCGGGGGGCGGGGGGAGGCACGAGUGCCUGGCGUGGCUGGACGCGCAGCCUAAGCGGAGCGUCGUGUUCCUCUGCUUCGGCAGCAAGGGCUCCUUCCCCGCCGCGCAGUUACAGGAGAUCGCCCACGGGCUGGAGAGCUCCGGCCACCGGUUCCUGUGGGCCGUGAGGAGCCCGCCGGAAGAACCGGACACGGACCUGGGGAAGCUGCUUCCCGAAGGGUUCCUGGACAGGAACAGAGACAGAGGCAUGGUGGUGAAGGACUGGGUGCCACAGGCAGAGGUGGUGCGGCACGAGGCGGUCCGCGCGUUCGUCACGCACUGCGGCUGGAACUCCACGCUCGAGGCCAUCAUGUCUGGCCUGCCCAUGAUAUGCUGGCCGCUGUACGCGGAGCAGGGGCUCAACAAGGUGUUCAUGGUGGAGGAGUGGAGGAUCGGGGUGGAGCUGCGCGGGUACGAAAAGUUCGUCAAGGCGGAGGAGCUGGAAGCGAAGGUCAGACUGGUGAUGGAGGCUGAGGAAGGGAGGAUCCUCCGGGAGAGGCUCGCGGUGGCGAGGGAGAAGGCGUUGGGGGCUACUAAGGAAGGCGGGUCUUCUGAAGUGGCAUUCGCGGAGUUCUUUGGAGAUUUGGACAAGAGCAGCUCUCCGUCGGUAAACGGAGAAUGCGAUUGAAUUGAUCACUGGUGUGCUGGUGUGGCAGAUGGACUGCGAACGUAUAUAUACUUUAGGAUUCAAUAUCACUUAGUAUUUUGACAGUACGAGACUAAAAUAUUGCAUCUGUGGUAUGGGAAUAAAAUUGGAUUCAAGCAGAGCGCCACUUGCGUUGCGUGUUACAAUGUGAUUGUCAGUUUUACCUUAUUUUAUGAAUCAAUCCACUGAUGAUUGUAUCUAGC